CCUUCUAGCGGAAAAACGACGACGCCGGCAAUCUUAGGCUGAUGACACCAGGAAAAACACUCUCACUAGCUCUGUCUCUGAUCCGCUUUUCCAGAGCAACGAGGCCUGCCCAUAUAAUGUGCUUAUACCUGCCGCUGAUCUGCUCGACUACCUGCUAUAUGGCGGAAUUAUUAGCCAUCUGGGCUACGGACAUAUAAAAGGAGGGUAUUUUUCAGGGCUUAAAGUAGUCUUCAAACACGACACAUUCGCUGCAGACACACGCGAUCUACAAGAUGCCACAACCAGGCUGGGAUUACACCAUCGUUGCUUUCUUGGUUUUCUUUAGUUUCCUGCAUCUUUCCAAGGCAGCCAGUUAUCAGCUGCAAUCCUAUGACUUGGAUUCGGAUAAUGACACUAUGAGCAACAACAUCAGUGGGGAAGAGGAACUGGAUGGGGAAGAAAUCGUAGUCACGGAAAAACCCUUCUCCUGGCUGAGGAAUGCCCACAGCAUGCUGGGCGGCACCGCAGGCCAUGUGGUCAUCCAAGUGGCCAAGGAGCUGCUACAUCGGUCUGCAGGAAACAGUCAAGUCCUCAGUCUGAAUCUAACCAAUCUGCUGAUUAUAAUUUUACUGAAAGUGCUCAUCUUUACGGCUGGCAUGCUGGGAGCUGGACACUGGACUGGUUAUGGCAAUGGUUAUGGACGUUCUGCAGGAGGAGGCUAUGACUAUUCCCUGGGUCUAAACCCUGGAGAUGAUUAUCUGAUUACAGGAUUUCUAGCUGCCAAAGGAACAGGCAAAGAUGAGUGCCUCCAAGCAGCAUCUUGCGCCUGUCCCAAUGCAGCCUAUGCUUAUGCAAGGGCAGGACGACAUUUGCUGGGACUAACUGAGCUAAUUCAAGGCUCGGCACCUGUAGAGAAACCCCGAUAUUUAGAUCUCAUAGUCUUGAUGGAGAAAUCCGCCCACAAUGGCUAUCGGGGAGACAACUGCAAUACCACCUACAAGUGCGAUGGAAUGCUCUGAUCUUA